AUGACUCCGGAAGAUUUACAAACUGUGAUGAAAAAUCCCCCUGUAAAUGUCGACGAUGCUAUAUUAGAUCGUGUUCAAGGAUCCAUGGUUGGUAUGGCCUUGGGUGAUGCACUCGGUGGGCAUGUCGAAUUUCGGCCUCGACAAUAUCUUCUUCAGCAUCCAGUGCGAGACCUUGUGGGUGGAGGAACAUGGGGUCUGAAAAAAGGACAGUUCACGGAUGACACCUCCAUGGCUCUUUGUUUGGCCAGUUCAUUGGUGAUUCAUCGUGAUUUUAUUCCCUACGAUCAAUUAGUUCGCUACAAGUGGUGGCACAAAUAUGACGAAGUUACAAUGUCUUCAUCAGCCACAAUAUGGUUAAUAACUGUUGGUUGGUCUGAUGCAUCACUUGUUGAUUUUCUUGUUCGUUCAUCGUGUUCAUUAACAACAAAAUUAGAUAUUUAUCAUUGGUUUUUUACUCAUAUUAAUGAUAAAAUUCUUCAAUUUGAUUAUUCUCCAUUAGAUAAUAUUGAAGGUGAUUUAGAUUUAUCACAAAUUCUCAACAACGACAUUGAACAUGAAAAUUUAAAUAUAAAUCAUUUUGAAGAUUUUAUGGAAUUAAAUCUUGAUGAAAUUGAAUUAUUUAUGUGCGAAAAUGGUAGAGCACAUGGAAUGGUUGUUACUGUCGAUAAGGCUAAACAGCAAAAUUAUCAAAUUAUCAAUCUUGAUAAUGAUCCAACAUCAACCGUUUGGAAGGUAACAUAUAAUCCUCGCUUUUUAAAUUGUAUAUGUCAUAAAAACUUACCAAAUCUUUACGAUUUACAACGAACUACGAGAUCAAAUUAUUUAUGGCAAAUACAUACCAAACAAGAACAUGAAGUUUAUCAAUAUAUAUUCAAAAAUUUAAAUCUGUUUCACAUAGAUACUUUACCAGAUCUAAUGAAUAAAACACAAGAUGAUUUAAUUAAAUUGGUCGAAUUGCCUUUAGAACAAACAGAUUAUCAAAUUAUAAGUGAAAUGAUUAGUUUACAAUGUUGUCAUAGAAACGAUCAACAUGAACAUCAUCAUUCUGAACAACAAGUAUUUGUUAUUUUAGUGGAACCGGCAUUGAAUUUAUUAGAUAUUAUCGACAUAUAA